UAGAAAUUGUCUAUUUGAUACAAAUAUAUUUGACAAGUUUUUUCUAAUAUUUGAGAGUACGUAAGAUUAACUUAAUCGAGAAAAACAAAUCGAAUAUAGAUCUAUCAUAAAUUAGUAAUGAAUUAGAAUGCAAAGAUUAUUUACUCUAGAAAUAUUCUAGGAUUUUAAAAGAUGUAUUCUUUAAUUACAAGUUAUCGUGCACAAAGUAGAUAAAUAACGCUUCUUCAAUUCUAUCGAAAUAGAAGCGCAGUUGAGAAUAGAAUCGAAUCUCUCGCGGAUAUAAACGUGGGAAGCCACGAUAAUCCAAAGUGUCCCGUAGAGAACACUUUUUCUGUCAGGACACGUCCGUCUUAUGAAGAAAAAGUAGUACCACGUGCUUCGACAUUUAUCGAUUCGCUUCGGGACUAUUGCGCUUUUUCUUUAUUGAAGAAGAGGCAAUUGACGAUAAAUUUUGCUGAUGUUUAGUUUAGUCGAUGCGAAUUCAACGGUGGGGACUCGUCUUAUAUAGACAGCGUGCAAAUGAAGUUUAUCGGUGUUUCUUUAAAUAGCCGUCCUGAUGGAAACUAGAGUUUCAAAGUUUCCCAGUGUCCUCGGGAUCUUUCUUCUGUUCGCCUGCUUCUUCUCGCGGACUGAAGCGGCAUUCGAUCCUGAAAGUUUCCAGCAAAAAUUAGUUGCCUUGCAAAAGAUUCUUGACUACAUUAACAACAGACCAAACCAGAUGAAUAUUGACGCUACCUUCGGUGUUACUUUAAGUGAAGCUAAUUUGGUGGCGGCACUCCUGCAUGAAAAUGUACAAUAUUUAGAAGAUAAAUUCUUUAUCGCUCUCAAAGAAGUAGUUGUACUAUCUGAUUUGACGCGAAGGACUUUGAUGAAAACUCUUGCUUUCAAGAAUGAAAUUAAAUCUUUAAUACAAUCGACUAUAAAUAAUCCCAAUCUGUGGAUAAAACCUAUAUCAUGGACAAAGAUCUUGCCAAAAUCAAAACUGAGUCCGAAUGAGUCGUUAAGUUACUGGGACACCAUGCUAUCAGUGUAUCAUGGGACGCCUAAUGGAAUAGAAAGCGAUUAUUGUUUGGUCGAAAUUAUGCGUAGCCAUUUAAAUGGGGAAUGUCAAAUUCCUGAAACUUGUAUCGCAACAUUGAUAAGAGAAGAUGAUACUACUGGAUAUCCUCUCACGCAUAGACUUAUCAUCGUCCAACUCGCUAAAGCGUUGAGAUGCAAAGAAGUUGAAACACUGUCGCUAUCUUCCUUGAUACCUACAUAUUGUGCCAGGAUCUUUCAGGAUUUCAUCAAUCUUGAAAAAUGGGACUUUCCAAAUAUUGGAAAGGAUCUCAUGAUGGAACAAAAUUUUUUAACAAACACAAGAUUAUUCGCCGAUCAUCUACAAUAACUGAUUUUGGAUGCGAAAGUCAUACAACAGGUUUCGCUGCCGCAAGCCUUGCCGUGUUUAUUCGGGAAAAUAUA